UCUCCAGACGCACGGUGGUGGCCACCAGCGCAUUACAUAGUGUGUGGAGGUCAGUCGCUCAUCAGUGCAACGCGACGAGCAAUUCCCCCCACCUCCCCUUAAACACCAUCUCUGCUGCCUGUGUGCUCUUGUCCUCCAGAAACAACGGAUUUCGCAUUGCACUCCGUCGGCGCAAUCCCGCAAGUCACCUCUCGUUGUGUGGUUCCAUUUUUCGGGGGGCAGGUAUCCCGGUGCGUAGUCGUCCUAACACCGGACAAGUGAUGCUCUGAGCUGCACUGUUGCUGCGCUGUCGCCUCGCAUCUCUGCAGCAAACCGGGUUGGAAAUGGUCCCAAGCUCAACUGUCCGGCGGCGUUCAGAGGUUAGACUCUCAGUCAUCAGAGGGUCAAAGCCACAAACACAUCACCCACCCACCUCCUGCCUGGCGAGAGUCGUCCAUCUAUCUGCAUUCAUCUAAACAGCAGUGAAGACAGACGGGGAACUUACACUGUAGUGGUACUGCCUGUGUGUGCGCGUGUGUGUGUGUGCGCGUGUGUCAACGCUUCAGUGCCUUUAGUGUUCCCCCAAGCCCUCCACUCUGUGUGUGUGCAAUGAUGUGUGGUUGUGUCAAGGUGGAGAGUUAAGAGGAAGACAGGACCCAUUCAAGUCAGCAAAACCAAGCCAGCUGCUGCGUAUGUGUGCGUCAGGGUUAAGCAGCCCAUGCACGUGAGACUGUGUGUGUGUGUGUGUGUGUGUGUGUGUGUGAGUGUGUGAGGGGCUAGUGUUGACCAGGCAAUGAGUGCAUCUCAGAGGGAGAGGCCGUUCGAUGCUGAGUUGAGCUAAGGGAGCAGAACAAGAGAAUCUGUAAGAGGAGCAGCCAUGGGGCUCGGACAGUCCAGCAAGGCUCCGGUCACCGAGGAAUCAGACGAGGUGAAUUUCGACCACUUCCAGAUCCUGAGGGCAAUAGGAAAAGGAAGCUUUGGAAAAGUCUGCAUUGUACAGAAGAAAGACACUAAGAAGAUGUACGCCAUGAAGUACAUGAACAAGCUGAAAUGUGUGGAGCGGAACGAAGUGAGGAAUGUCUUGAAAGAGCUGCAGAUAAUGCAGAACCUUGAACACCCUUUCUUGGUCAACUUCUGGUAUUCCUUCCAGGAUGAGGAGGACAUGUUUAUGGUGGUGGACUUGCUCUUGGGAGGAGACCUGCGCUACCACCUCCAGCAGAACGUCCACUUCUCAGAGAGCACCGUCAAACUCUACAUUUGUGAACUGGCUCUGGCCCUGGGAUACCUCCGUACGAAGCGCAUCAUACACAGAGACAUCAAACCUGACAACAUACUUCUGGAUGAACAUGGGCACGUCCAUCUGACAGACUUCAACAUCGCAGCCAUUGUAAAAGAAGACCUGAAAGCAACGUCCAUUGCCGGGACCAAGCCGUACAUGGCUCCUGAGCUGUUCCAAACCUUCGAGGGGUCCCACCCCGGCUACUCCUUCUCGGUCGACUGGUGGUCGCUGGGCAUCACAGCGUAUGAGCUACUAAGAGGACAGAGACCAUAUGUGAUGAGAUCCAGUACGCCGGCUAAUGAGAUCCUGCAGACGUUCCACAAGGCCCAUCCCAGCUACCCAGCAGCCUGGUCUUUGGAGAUGAAGUCUCUGCUCAGAAAGUUGCUGUGCAUAGAUGUCCAGAAGCGCAUUUCCUGUCUAGCGGAGUUACAGGAUCUAGACUACAUGUCAGAUGUCAACUGGGACGCUGUGCUCAGCAAACAGCUUCCUCCGGGCUUUAUUCCCAAUAGACGGAGACUAAACUGUGACCCUACGUUUGAGCUGGAGGAAAUGAUUCUGGAGUCCAAACCGCUUCACAAGAAGAAGAAGAGGCUUGCCAGAAAAACCAAGGACCAGGGAUCUGAUGGCUCCCCACAGAACGGUCAGUUGCAGCAGAGAUUGGAUAAUGUCCAGAGAGACUUCAUUAUCUUCAACAGAGAAAAGUCAAGGAAAGCCGUGGGGGACUCAGACUCCUCUGAGCUGUCCACGACUGAGAAGAACAAGGCAAUAGAGGACGGACAGAACAACAAUGUUGAACCGGUUGCCUUCUUAUCAGGAUAGGUCUCAUGACCCCGAGACUCCUACGUAUCCCGUAUCACUUGCACCUGCCCACAGCUUGUAGAUCAGCAAUUUACACCUAGUGUUCUAUCAGCACAGGCACCGGUUCUUCAAUGUCCCUGCACCACUACAUCGCCUAUACAAACACAAAUGCAGUAUGUACUUGUGCUUCACUGUUUCACCCACACACAAAAAGAAACCCACAUCAAGAGCUCCAGAACUGCAGGAGUGAAAUGGACUCUCAUACCAUGCUCCCUUACAUCACUCUGGUGCUCUAAGGUCUGCUCAACCUUUACUCUGGGCACUAUGCUGAAGUGAAAAGGAAGUCACUGCCCUGCCAAAAAAGGAGACGAUGCCACACCUUCCCAGCCGUUACAGGAAAUAAAGUCUGACGUGGUGGGCUAUGGCUGAAAGCUGUAUGUACUGCUGCUGUCUUGGUUGGGACAGAUUUUCAAGCAUUUUCUGGUUAAUUACAGUUAUGUAAAUAUAGCAAUGGUUCUCCAGUGCUACGUGGACUUAGCAAGAAUUGGCAUAAGGAGUUUGGUUGGCAUUAUAUUGGAAAAACAAACACUUUUGGACGGCUUUGUCCCGUGUGAUGACUUGAGAUCCGAGCAUGACACUAAGAGUACAACACAUUUAAACUGGAGAGGUUAAUAAGGUAAAAAAAAUGAGGCCUUUGUUUUUAAGACAGCAACCACAGAUUCCUCUAAAACAGACGAUAAAGAGCUGAACUGUAGGCUUGAGCGUGAAUGGCUCACUUUAUCAUAGCAGCAGAUACACGGUCGUAGUGGUCAUUAUGCUAAGCUUUGCUAGUCAAGCUAACGAAGACGGUAGGGUAGCAACGUGUGGAACAAUGUCCCAGCUCCAUCGGCUGCAGAUGUAGGCGAAACACGCAGCAACUUUUCUUGCGUUUGCUUUAAGUUACUAUUAAAUGCAGUUAUGGAACAAUAGUUUCAAAGUUCAAGUAAAACCGUGAAGAUUUCCGUUUAAAUUAAUGUCUGUUAAGUCACUAUCUAUCGCCAAUGAGGUAAUGGUGAUUGUAACUUUAACCUUCAAGGUCUAUUCUUGACCUUGGAAGUUUCUAUGAAGUUUAU